CCCCCUAGCAACUAAAAAUGGCGCCGAUAAACAGAGCAAAAGUGAAGAGGUGAACAGCAACUCUGCUCCCGUUGUAGAUCCCGAAACCUAACUGCUACUGCAGCCACUAGGAGAACCCAUUCUAUAGAUACAGCUAGUCAACUCCCCAGCGAUAUUUAGCAGCGAUGGAAAUAGUUCACGUAUACACGAAGAAGCGGUCUGAAUUCGGCCGUCAACCGCUGUUCACGGACCGUGCGGCGGAACUAAACGUGGAGAUUGCACCGGACGACAGCCUCAGACAGGACUUCAUCGACAAGAACCCGGUCGAUAUGGCCAUCCAGUACGCUCCGGACGUGUCAGAACACGAGGCAAACACUGAGCGGUUUGAGAGCGAAAGUCGAGGAAUGAACCACACUGAGGGAGGCUGGCCAAAGGACAUCAACCCUGCAGAAGUAGAACAGACCAUUCGCUUCAGGAAGAAAGUGGAGAAGGACGAAAACUACAUCAACGUUGUCCAGAGACUUGGAGACAAAAUGGAGCUAUACUUGAGGCAGAACAAUGCAAUUGAUAUAUACGAAAACUAUUUCUCGGGAAACACUUUCUCCUCCAUUGACUCUGAUCCUCCAUCAGCAAAGACCAUAAGCAUCUUUAGAGACCCCGAGGGGCUGAAGAGGACAGUGUCACACAUAUCCUGGUACCCAGACGGAGCACACAGACUGGCGGCCGCCUACUGCUCUCUUGAGUUCCAGAACUCUCCACACGGAAUGUCACUAGACUCUUACAUUUGGGAACUCGAGAACCCGAACAAGCCUGAGCAAGUUCUGAAGCCGGCCUCUCCUCUCCUGUGUCUGGAGUACAAUCCCAAGGACCCCCACCUCCUGGUCGGAGGAUGCUACAAUGGACAACUGGCCCUCUUUGACACGAGGAAAGGCUCACAGAGCCUGGAGGUCACUCCCAUUGAGAUCAGCCACAAGGAGCCCGUCCAUAAGAUCAUCUUCCCUUCCUCCAAGACAGGAUCUGACGUGUUCUCGACCUCCACGGAUGGCCAGGUACUGUGGUGGGACAUCAGGAAGCUGGUGGAGCCGGUCGAGACCCUUCCCCUCGUCUUCCCUGGAUACAAACCUGACUUCACCCUCGGGGGAAUCGUCGUCGAGUAUGAGUCGACUAUGCCGACAAAGUUCAUGGUGGGCACAGAGCAAGGUGUGAUCCUCUGCUGCAACAGAAAGGCAAAGACACCACAGGAAAAGAUCACCAAUGCCUUUAUUGGACACCACGGACCCAUCUACGCCCUCCAGAGGAACCCGUUCUACCCAAAACAUUUCCUCUCUAUUGGAGACUGGACAGCAAGAUUGUGGUCAGAGGAUGCUAAAGAAUCUCCUAUCAUGUGGACAAAGUAUGAUGAGUCAUCAUUGACUGAUGGUUGCUGGAGUCCCACCAGACCUGGUGUGUUCUUCACCUCAUCAACCUCUGGAACUAUGGACGUGUGGGACCUGGUCUUCAAACAGAGCAGCCCCACUCUCACCGUACAGGUGAGCGACGAGUCGCUGCAUUCAGUGAGGUGUCACGGAGGAGGUAAGAUGGUGGCGUGCGGCUCUCGCUCAGGGGACCUCUCUCUCCUGGAACUGUCUGACUCCCUCUCCAUCAUACAACCCAACGAGAAACCAAACAUUACUGCCGUGUUUGAGAGGGAGACAAGGAGAGAGAAGAUUCUAGAAGGGCGACGGAGAGAGAUGAAGCUCAAACAGAAGCAGGCAGCCAAGGGAGGAGAGGGAGGAGGAGGAGGAGGAGGAGGGGAGGGGGAAGGGGAAGGAGAAGAGGAUCUCGUGAAGAGAGCAGAGGAUGACUUCUGGGCAGCCAUUGCACAGGAGCAAAAAGAUAUAGAAGCAAAGGAGAAGAAGAGACAAGAAGCCAUGCAACCGAAGCACCAGCCCACGCCAAUACCCGAGGAGGGAGGGGACGAGAGAAGAGAAUCACUAACUGACACCAUGUCAUAGGUUUUCUCUGUUCAAAACUUCAUCUACCCCCGUCGUCACUCUCUCUGCCUGCCUUUUACUAGUCUGUCUGUUUGUGUCUGUGUAUAUACUUACCACAAUCUAUAACUAACACUUGUCCCAUGUAUUAUGAUGUGUUUUCACUUGUCGCGUGCCAAUAAUUAGAGAUACAUUUGUCCUACAGUUUUGCAAUAAAUAGUGAGUUCUAUGCUACUACGUAUGGGUAUGUUAGUAUUUUGUGUGUUGUCACCAGAGAAGUGCGGAUACAUCGUCGUCAUAAACUACAUUUGGCAGCUUAUCUUCUCCCUCGCUGUGUCCCGAGCGGCUCCAGGACGGAGCUCUCUUCAGGAGAGCCUUCGAAAUCUGUCCCGUGGGCUUCCGGUAGCGAGAAUCCUCACCUUCCUCUUUCUCUUCGAAGUCUGGUUCCUUCCAUCCUUCUCUCACCUCCCCUCCUGUUCCUCUAUCGAUCACUUGAGGUUGAAUUUCUCCCCGGGUGCGGUAGGUGAGCAGUGGAGAUGCCUGCGUCCCAUCUCCCCUCUCCCUUCUCCUCUCUCGUCGCCCUUUCUUCCCUUCCUUCUUCUGUUUCUUCUUACUUUUGCUGUCCACCCUGUCACGUGCUGUCGAGGACACAUUGUGUGCUGGCCCUUUGCGACCAGUGGCAAAGCUAUCAGUUCUCGCCUGCUCUUUGGGAGGUGCAUUGGGAGAAGUCAGUGGCUCUGGAAUCGGCUCAAAGUCGUCAAUCGAUGUGCAGAGGCUCUCAUUGGGGUUGUCGACGUCUGGAGGAAGAUCGUCGUCCUCCAUUCCAGGUUGACUGAAGUCUAUCGGUGGGUCGAGGAUAAAGUCCUCAUCCCCCCACUCUUGUCCAUCUUCCAGGUCCCACUCUCCCCCUCCUCUGUUCUCAGUUGGUUCUUUCACCUCUUCCUCUGUUCCUU